AUGUCGAAUGCGCCGCCGCCUGCGCUCUUACCACCGCCCGAGGGUAUCUUUCGGACCUUUGAAGACCUCUUGACCUCGGUUCAACGCGUCGCCAAGGAUCAGGGUUACGGUGUUGUAAAGCUUCGUGCUUCCAACUAUCGUGACGGCAAGCCCACUCGCUACGACUUGGUUUGCGAUCGCGGCGGCGUCAAGUACAGCAGCACUGCCAAGAAGCGCAACCCCUCGACGCGCAAGGUCGACUGCCCGUGGCGUGCAAAGGCCGUCUGCGAGGUUCAGCUCGGCAACCAAUGGCGCUUUGCUGUUCAGGAAGGCAGCCACAACCACGAACCUCGCGUCGCGACUGCCCCUCCUGGCCAGGAAAACACGCCCCUCGCCCAAUCUAUUCGCUCCUUCACCAACAAGAUCGACCGCCUCAACCAUGACAUGGCUCAGGGAUUCAUGCGCAUCGAGCAGGUCCUCGACACGAUGAACAAGCGUUUGGAGAAUCUCGAGAACCGCGCCGGAGGAUACGAGCCCCGCUUCCAGAACAUGGAGUCGCGACUACAAGGUGUGGAGGCGCGUGGCAGCAUGGAGCUCCCCAUGGAUGAUGUCGACGCUCGGCUGUUGUCGUCUACGGUUAUGUAG